AUGCCACAGUCUAAGUGUGAAAUGUGUAAAGAGAUCAGAGAAGGUGACGAUGACAGGCAGGUGGUUGCAGAGAUCAUGGCAAGGAGUUUUCUUCCAACUCAGAUAACGACUGUUUCUUGGGAAGGCUUUCACUUCGCUGGUCAUGAGAUUCGGAUUACGGAAGCCAAAGAUUGUUACGGUGCUGUUGUCUGGCCCUCGGCCCUUGUUCUCUGCUAUUUCCUGGAAACACAUGCCAAGCAAUAUAACAUGGUUGAUAAAAAUGUGAUUGAAAUUGGAGCUGGGACAGGGCUUGUCUCCAUUGUGGCAAGUUUACUUGGCGCUCGUGUGACUGCUACAGACUUACCUGAAUUACUUGGAAACCUGCAAUAUAAUAUUUCCAGAAACACCAAAAUGAAAUGCAAGCAUUUGCCCCAGGUUAAAGAGCUGUCCUGGGGAGUGGCAUUAGACAGGGACUUCCCCAGGUCUGCCACUAACUUUGACUACAUCCUGGCAGCCGAUGUCGUCUAUGCCCAUCCUUUCCUGGAGGAGCUUCUCCUGACCUUUGAUCAUCUCUGCAGAGAAAGCACCAUCAUUCUCUGGGCCAUGAGAUUUAGGCUGGAGAAGGAGAAUAGAUUUGUAGAUAGAUUUAAGGAACUGUUCGACCUCGAGGAACUCUCUAGUUUCCCUAGCCUGAAUAUUAAGUUGUACAAAGCUAUGAAGAAGAAUCGGAGGAGUGCAUAGUGCGUGCGGUCUGUGAAUUAGGGCAUGGGUAUGCCAAGGUGGUUUCUAGUAGAUCCUUGCUUUAAAGAAAACACACACGCCCACACACACCACUAUAAGAAUACAAGUUGAGUCUAAACUUGCCUUAUUAUAGGCAAGGAAUUUUACACACACACACACACACACACACACACACA